AUGUUUUCAGUAAUAGUGAUAAUUUCUCUGCUAAUUUGUGGAUCCGAACAGCAAAAAGAAACUGCAAAGGAUGCAGCUAAGGAUUUAGCAGAUAGUAUGCAAGAUACUAUGAAAGCCGGUCAUGGACUGGGGGCAGGAGGUGAGGAUUUGUCUCAAGGUCUAGGUGGAAUUGGGCAUAUGCUUGCGGAUACUGCCACUAAUAAUCCGGAUAAGCAAGAUACAACUGCUAGAACAAGCGACAAUUUGAUUGGAGGGUUGACGGGCAUGGCUGGUACUGUUAAUACACUUCUCGAAAGCGCUAAAAGUGGUGGCGAUGCGGGGACUAAUGCCUUAGACUAUUAUCAGAAAGUCGUUCCUCAAGUAGCAAAAUCAAUGACAGAUGGAAACGGAAAUAGCACAGAUGACAACGGAAACAGCACAGAUGAUAACGGAAAUAGUACAGAUGACAACGGAAACGUAUCACAUGACAACGGAAACGGCACAGACGACAACGGAAACAAUACAGAUGACAACGGAAACAGCACUGAUGACAACGGAAACAGCACAGACGACAAUGGAAACGGCACAGACGACAACGGAAACGGCACAGAUGACAACGGAAACGGCACAGAUGACAACGGAAACGGCUCAAAUUAUAAUGGAAACAGUACAGAUAACGAUUCAUCACGAAAUUUAGAAAUUCAAAAUAAUCAUCUCGAUUUUAAUCCAAAUGUGAUUAAAAUCAUUUGUUUCAUUGCCGCAAAAUGUAUUUAA